GCUACGUCGUGAAUAAUAAAGUUCUGAAGUUCCUGGUGUUAUAAAAGUAAAUAAACUUAUUGUAAAAUUAAACAAAGAUAUGUUUAACAAGCUUAGUGUCAAGUUAUCAUCUGUUAAUGCUACAGAAAUAAAUCCUAAUAAAGCAUUGUCAUCAAUCAAUCCAUCAACUAGUUUAACAGAAAUUCAGUUAAAGAAACCUAGUUUUAUGUGUUCUGCUUGUAUGAUGUCGUUUACAAGAAAAGAUAACAUGAAAAGACAUGCAUUACAGGCGCAUAAAACCAUUUUUAGAGAUAAUCAAUCCAAAGAUAAAAGAACGCCAUGUCAUUAUCAAAACUGCAGCCAAGUAUUUUUUUCAAAAUGUUAAACUUAUUAACAUAGAGGAGUGUCAUGAAGGUAUAUUUACCAAAGAAUCUUACAUUUUUUUUAUCAGAAUCUGAAUUUUUAGCAUGGAAGGAAAAAGAGGAACUUAAUAGUUAUAUUUUUUUCAGUAAACAAACUGGUAGUUUUUUCACUGGAAUAAAUAUAAAUAAAGAUGUAAAAACAAGUUAUUAUAUUUGUCAAAAUGAUGAUCAUUCAAAACCGCAUUGCUCUGUUGGUGAACCAGCAAGAAAAACUAAUAAAAGGUACUUAUGUUCAGUAUAUCUAAACUCAUAACCACAGUAUUGGUAUUACAAAUACCAUGUAUCAACCUAUACCAGGUAAUAUUAAAAAAAAACAUUUCCGCUAAAUUAUCAAUAGGUGUGCCUGUAAAUACAGUUUAUCGUGAUCUUAGAGAAAGUUUUGGAGACAGACAAAAUAGAAAUGAUGAAGAUACUGUUUUAACUAAAUCACAUCUUCUUACAAAAAAAAACAUUUCUGAUAUCAGCAGAGCAGUAAAAAAAAGAUGUCGGCUUCACCCUGAUGAUAGCGUUUCAACUUUUUUACUUGUUCAAAAGUUGAAGUCUGAAGAUUUUAAUAGCAUUCUCGUUUAUAAGUCACAAGGACAGCAAACUGUUAUUGGUCCAAAGGUGUAUGAUGACAUUGACCUUAAUAAGGAUUCCUUUGUGGUUGGUAUACAAACAAAGCAUCAACUAUCAAUGUUUGAAACACAUUCAUCUCAAAUUGUUUGUAUUGAUGCUACACAUUGUACCAAUCAGUAUGCAUUCCCUCUUGUAACUUUACUAGUUCGAGAUGAAUUUAAAAGGGGUUAUCCAGUAGCUUUUCUUAUUUCCAAUCAUGCAGAUGAACAAACCAUAACACCAUUUUUAGAGGAAAUAAAAAGAAGAUGCAAUAAUUCUGUAAAAGUUAAUGCUGUUAUGACAGAUGAUUUGUCAGGAUGGAAUGCUUUUACUAAUGUUUUUGGAGAUGUGCGCCACUUGCUAUGCAAAUGGCAUAAAAAACGUGCAUGGUGCAAUAAACUUCCUUUAGUUGGUCCAACUAAUUUACAAGAAGAAGUUUAUAGGAUCUUAGAGACAAUCAUUGACGAAAAAAACCCUGAUUUUUUUUUAUCAACUAUGAAUGGUUUUGUAAAGGCAUAUGAACAUAAAUGUCCUAACUUCAUUAGUUACUUUGUUACAUACUAAGCUCCACGACAUCUAAAAUGGACUUCUUGUUAUUGCAACUUUCAACAUGCAGACGCUGAUACUAAUAUGUUAUGUGAAUUAUUUCAUAACAAAUUGAAAACAGUUUAUAUGGAAAGACGACCUAAUAAAAGGUUAGACGAUUUAAUUAAUUUACUUUUAACAAUCGAAGAAAAUAGUUAUUGGCACUACAAAAGAGACACUAUUUAUCUUGGAACAUUAUCUCUCCCAAAAAAGUAUAAAAAAAGACAUGAAAAAGGAAUGUUGAUUUUGAUAAAUGUAUUAGAAAAUGUUCAUUAACUCAGUACACAGUUAAAAGUCAAUUAAAAGAUGUAACAUACAAUGUUGACAUUCUAACUGAAGCUUGUAAGGAAAGUUUGUGUUUGGAGUCAUGUAUAAAUCCAGCCUGUAAUGGUUUGUGUGAGCAUUUAUAUAGGUGUAGUUGUAAUGACAUUGUAAUCCUUUACAAGCAUGUUCAUAAGUUACAAUCAUUUCUUCUGAGAUCUCAAGAAAAAAACUGCCCAAAAGAAUCUUAGCUGAUGGUACAGGUAAUAAUCAAGUGAAGCAAAAAUCUCAAACAUUUAUUUAAUUUAUCUCCAAAUAUUUUAGCUUUUAAACAAGUUGGUUUAUUCAAGUUAAUUGGAUGUAAUGGAUAAUAUAUUACAGAGUAAAUAAGAAAAUAAA